GACAAUGACAGCACAUUACGCGCACCUUUUCUUCUACCAGUGGAGGUCCAUCUUGUACUGAUUGAUUGGGACGCUGUCCAAGAUAAAUUGUGGACAGACCCCAUUGAACCACCAGUUCCCUCUCCAUUUCAUUGAUAUUUGUGUGUAAGCUCUACAAUGGGUGAACUGGUGACCAGCAUGGUGAUCGGGCCACUGGUCCACAUGGUGAAGGAGAAGGCUUCCAGCUACCUCCUGGAGCAGUACAAGGUGAUGGAAGGCAUGGAAGUGCAGCACAAGAUCCUCAAGCGCAAGCUGCCGGCCAUCUUGGACGUCAUCUCUGACGCUGAGAAGCAGGCAUCUGAACACAGGGAAGGAGCUAAGGCCUGGCUUGAGGAGCUCAAGGCAGUGGCCUAUGAGGCGAAUGAAGUCUUCGACGAGUUCAAGUACGAGGCGCUACGGCGUGAAGCCAAGAAGAACGGGCACUACACCAAGCUCGGCAUCGAUGCGGUAAAACUCUUUCCUACUCACAACCGUGUCGUGUUCCGAUACAAGAUGGGCAGGAAGCUCUGCCGGAUCGUGCAGAAUAUUGAAGUGCUAGUCGCAGAGAUGAAUGCCUUUGGGUUUAAAUUCGAACCUCAGUCUAUAGAGUCCAAGGAAUGGAGGCUAACCGAUUCUGACAUCUUUGACCCAAUGAACAUUGCUAGCAGAUCGAGAGAUGAAGAUAAGAAGCUGCUCGUUAGCAUAUUGCUCUCCCAAGCAAGCAAUGUAAAACUCGCCGUCCUUCCUAUUGUUGGAAUGGGAGGGCUAGGCAAAACUACCUUAGCCAAACUCAUUUACAAUGAGCCUGAAAUUCAGAACCAUUUCCAGUUGAUGAUCUGGGUAUGUGUGUCUGACAACUUUGAUGUUGCGUCUGUUGCUAGAAGUAUAGUUGAUGCAGUUCCUAAAAAAGGUGAUAAAGUAACCAUCAAUGAAAAUCAAACCUCGGCACUUGACGAGCUUCAGAAAUUAGUGAGCGGGCAGAGGUAUCUCCUUGUAUUGGACGAUGUUUGGAAUAGGGAUGAUGAAAAAUGGCGUAAACUGAAGAAAUGCCUCGAACAUGGUAGCACUGGUAGUGCAGUGUUAGCAACAACUCGUGAAGGAGGAGUUGCUGAACUAAUGCACACAACUGAUGCAUAUAAUCUUACUGCUCUAAAUAACAGUGUCAUUAAGGAAAUCAUUGACACAGCAGCUUUUAGACCGAAAAAGGAGAUCAAGCCCGCUGAGCUAGUUCAAAUGGAUGAUAAGUCAUUAUUAUCUAAAAAGAAGGAAAUGAUUGAUCAGUUUGUGGAGAGAUGUGCUGGGUUGCCAUUGGCAGCAAAAGCACUAGGUUCUGUACUUUAUACCAAGACCAGCCUGGAAGAAUGGGAGGCAGUAUUAAGAAGCAGCAGUAUCUGCACUAAGGAGACUGGAAUUUUACCAAUACUGAAGCUCAGCUAUGACAAUUUGCCGUCACAUAUGAAGCAGUGCUUUGCUUUCUGUGCUAUUUUUCCUAAGGAUUACGAGAUUGAUAAGGAUCGCAAAUGGAUUAAUCCCAGAAAUAAAAGAUAUCCGCCUUGAAACCACUGGAGAAGGUAUUUUCAAUGAAUUAGCUUCUAGAUCUUUCUUUCAGGAGUUGAAGCGAGUCCGAUUUGACAAAUAUAGAAGCAACCAUGGGCAUUGUUCCAGAAUCAUAUGUAAGAUGCACGAUCUUAUGCAUGAUGUUGCCACUUCAAUUAUGGGAAAGGAAUGUAUCGCUAUAACUAAAUAUCCUACUGAAAGAGGGUCAUAUUCAAAUGCUACUCGCCAUCUACUUUUAUCAUGUGAUGAUCCAGAUAAUGUGAUGAAUGAUUAUCUGAAAAAAGAAUCUCCAGCUAUCCAAACACUGCUCUGUGCUGAACCUAUUUUCACAUCAAGUUCAUUGCAACACUCAGCAAAAUACAGAGCUGUACGAGCAUUGAAACUCGAUCAGUGUAGGAGUUUGUUCUUACUUCAGCCAAAGCAUCUACAUCACUUGAGUGAUCUCUAUCGACUUCCAAAACAAAUGAAGUACAUGACAGCCCUCUGUCACCUCCACACUCAUGGAUGUACAAGUUUGAAGCACAUGCCUCCAGAUUUGGGAAAACUCACUUCCUUACAAACACUCACUUGUUUUGUAGCUGGUACUGGCUCUGGUUGCAGUAAUGUCGGAGAGCUACAACAUUUAGAUAUCAGCGGUCAACUAGAGCUACGUCAGAUGGAAAAUGUUAACGAGGAAGAUGCAAGACUGAUGAAACUUGAAAACAAGAAGCUCUCAACACUUUCUUUAGUAUGGAAUGAAAAUGACAAAGAAGAUCGAUCUUACACCAAUGCAUCAGAUUGUCAUGAGAAGGUGAUCGAAGCUCUCAAACCUCAUGAUGAGCUUCGCGUUCUGAAUGUCAAAUCCUGCAAGAGCUCAUCUUUCCCAUCAUGGAUGGGUAUGCUUAAACGCCUUGUAGAGAUUGAUCUAGAUAAUUGUACAAUGUGCCAAAAUAUUCCUUCAGUUUUGGCAGCUACAAGAUCUUCAAGUUCUUCGGCUGGAUGGAUUCCAUGGACUGCAGUAUUUGUGCAGCAUUGGUCAAAACAGUGAGAUACCGUCAACAUUCCCAAAACUAAAAGAGCUUAAACUAACAAACUUGAAGAGUUUCAACCGAUGGUGGGAAAUAAAUGAGAGACAAGAAAAGCUUGAUUUUCCUCAGCUUGAGAAGCUGGUUAUUAAGGGAUGUGGAGAGCUAACAUCACUGCCUACUAGUGACAGUAAUAUGUCAGAGCCUGCAUUACCAGCUUUAAAGGAACUCGAACUCUGUGAUUUAAAUCAAUUCGAGAGAUGGCAGGCAGCGGAAGGAACACAAGACAAACCACCGACCUUCCCUAACCUUGAGAACAUUAGUAUUGUGAAAUGUCCAGAGUUGACAAGUCUACCAGAAGCACCAAAGCUCAGUGUGUUAGACAUAGGAAAUGGCUCUGAACAGAUGCUCCUUUGCAUACCUAGAUACAUGGCUUCAUUGUCCACUCUGAGAUUGCAGCAUGAAGGUGAAGAAACAACACCUCUAACUGAACGCUUUUUGAUUGAGUGGGUGGAUGGCAAGGACAAUCAGAAUCGUGAGUACCCUUUGCCAGUUAUGAAGCUAGUUGGCUUCAACGUGUUCUUCCGUUCAGGUGCACAAGCACUAUGGGCAUGCUUUGCACAGCUUAAAGAUUUGGUAAUUAUUAGUUGUGAUGGUCUCAUCCACUGGCCAGAGAGAGAAUUUCAGAGCUUGGUAGCCUUGAGGACAUUAGUGAUACAGCGAUGCAGCAAACUGAAGGGAUUCUCGCCACAAGCUCUUGAGCAGUCAACAUCAGGAAGGGAGAUACUCCUGCCACGUCUGGAGUCACUAUCAAUACAUGAAUGUGAAAGUUUGGUAGAGAUCUUCAACGCCCCACCAUCUCUCAAGGAAAUGGACAUAGACGACAACCCUAAGCUUGAGUCGAUAUUCGGCCAGCAGAGACACGGGCCAGCAGGGCCUUGCAGCGACAACAUUGUGUCUGCUGUUGCGUUGGAACCAUCAUCACCAGCUGGGGACCGCUUCUCUCCUCCUGAAUCACUGGAGUCUCACUCGGGCGAGCUCCCUUCGUUGGUACAACUCAAUCUCCACCACUGCAAAAGCCUGGCAUCGCUACAAGAUUCACCGCAAGCAUACUCAUCCCUCCAACAGCUUAUCAUUAAUGAAUGCCCUGCUCUAAAAGUGCUCCCUACAUGCCUGCGGCAACAGCUGCCCAGCCUCAAGCGGAAAUAUCUAGACGCCCAUCAUGAAGGUACGCAAUAAUUUCUUUAUUCCCAUAACGAAGCGAAUUCGAUCAAUCCCCCGUGUAUUUUGUCAUUUUUAUCCCAUUAUACCACUCUAUUGUUCCAACUUGUUCAGAUAUCCUAGGCUGAACUAUUUUAGGCAUCUACAGGUAAUCAAUCCAAAGAUAUGUAAGUGCUUAUAAAAGUUUCAAGCUCGUGAAAAACAGAUAAAUGCAGAGAAACUAGUCAAUAGUAAAAGGAGCAGUCAGAAUUAUAGAAUAGAAUGACGAGUACUGCUGAAAAAAAUCCCAAGAAGGGAAUAUUCCUUUACCUAAAAACUCGUUUUUUAUUUAGUAGUGUUCACUUCAAUACUCCUCUUUACAUAUAGCACGGAUUUAAGCCAAAUUCCUCUAUCAAUGACUAGGGGAUAAAUUAGUUCUAACAAUUGAUUAGUGCUUAUAUUUGACAGGAUUGUUCUUGGUUUGAGGUUGAGUUUUGCCAGAUGCCAACAAGAUUGAAAUUAAACCCAUUCUCAUUCUUAUCAUGCAUGAUGUUCUUUCCAUUAAAAUUAUCGUCAAGUCCUCCAUAAAAAUCUCAAAAUGGAUAUAGCAAAUUAAUGUUAAGGGACUGAAAAGUCGAAUAUACUGGAUCGCCAACCCUGCUCUUGCAAGUUCAUUAGCGAUUGCCUAUAUACUUCAUCUUAACAUUCUGUUAGCCAAGGAUUUCCUCAACACUGAUUUUCAUUAAAGUAGUUUGUAAUAGUUCUCUACUCAAGAUAUAUACUACAAUACUUUUUGUGUAAUGCCUAUAUAUACAUAUAUAUUUUUUUCAUGGUA